UAAAUGUGACAUACUCCAUGCAGGUGCGGGCAAAGACCUCAGUAGGUGCAGGUCCGUGGAGUGAAGUUGUCACCGAGAUUGUUGUAGGAGUUCCUGGACCCAUUCGCAAUUUCCGUCUGUCAGAUGCAACAGAAGAGUCGCUAACCUUGCACUGGGACCCACCACUGGUUAUCAAUGGACCAAAUGUUCGAUAUUCCGUGGAGUACAGGGCCCUGGAGAAACCGUAUCAACCAGAUUUCACCCCAGAGGUCGAGUACGUGCAAAGUGAAGCCGACAGUUCACCUUUUACAAGAGACGGCCUCGAGCCUGGCACAAAAUACGAGUUCCGGGUUUUGGCAAAGAAUCACCGAUUCGCUGGAAAUCCGGACGCGUUAUUGGCGUACACAUUACCUCAGCAAGAACCUCCUGCACCGUCGAUGCCAGUGAUAUUUGACAGCAAGACCACGGAAAGCACGGUGACGAUUGACCUAGCGUCGGCCAUCCCUCGAAGAGACACCUAUGUUGAAUCUUACAUUGUCGAAGUGAAGAAGUCUUCCCAAAUGACGAGGAGGGACGCCUUAAUUCCGAGGCAUGUCGACGAUUCUCCGGAUGAUUACAUUGCGGCUGAACUCACAAAGGGAAUGAUGUCUGGCUCUUUCGUCGUUGGCGAUUCCAAAGUUUACGGGGAUUACUUGAACGCACCACUGCGGACAAACGAUGUCUACGACAUUCGCGUGGGCUCUGUCACAAGGGGAAACCAGACGGUGGCCUCGGUGACAUUUUCAGCGCCCUUAAGAGUAUCAGUCUCGCCGCAGAGUGGCAGUUCGUCGGCAGGACUUGCGGCAGGGUUGGUCGUCUUGGUCCUAGUCGUCGUCGCCGCUGUCAUAGGUGUUGCUUACAAGAGCAGAAGAACCAAAAUCCGGAAACGCGCUCCCUAUAACGGCGUAUUAACACCCUCUCCAGACUACCCACUACAACAGAAAACACAAAACGGCACCCUAGGAGAAGUGGCGGGAAUCUCCUCGAAUGCCUACGACGAUCCCAAUGACCGGCAUCCAAGCAGACCACCUAUACCUUCAGAAACACCACGAUCAGAGACACCUGAGCCGGAGCCUUCCCCACCCCAACAGCCGCCAUUCCACCAGCCGCCCCCUGUCAGUAUCGACGAGUUGGCUGACUACAUAACGAUGAAGGAAUCGGCUGGGGGAAAAGCAUUUAAGGCGGAUUAUAAGACUCUUCCAGAUGGUCAGUUACACACCUGGACUGUUGCGAGGAAACCUGAAAACAAACAGAAGAAUCGCUUUGCAAACGUCAUAGCAUAUGACCAUUCUCGUGUUGUACUAACACCCGUGGAGGGCGAUCCUCACUCGGAUUACAUAAAUGCUUGCUACAUAGAUGGAUAUGACGAAAUGGACAAGUACAUUGCAAGUCAAGGACCCAACAAAGCAUCUUUAAAUGAUAUUUGGCGGAUGGUGUGGCAGUUGAACGUGGAUAAGAUUGUGAUGCUGACAAAUCCCGUGGAAAACGGAAAGGUAAAGUGCUUGCAGUACUGGCCGGAUGGCGAAGCCACCACUUACGCUAACGUCACAGUGACGAUCAUCAAUGAACAGGUCUUCCUUGACUAUACGAUUCGCGAAUUCAAAAUAACCCAGAUUGACAAUAAGGAAGACUGUCGUCUGGUGAAGCAGUUUCACUACACCACGUGGCCGGACAUGAAACCUCCCGAGUACCCAGCACCUUUGCUCAACUUCCGGCGAGUAGUGAACACUGAACGCAACGACGGACGGACACUGAUACACUGCAGUGCUGGUGUGGGCCGUACGGGGACGUACAUCUGCCUAGACUCCAUGCUGGAACAGAUGAACCAAGAGGGGCAGGUGGAUGUUCUCGGCUUCAUCUAUCGCAUGCGACAAAAGCGCAUCAUGAUGGUGCAGACUCCGGAGCAAUACAAAUUUGUAUUCGACGCUCUUCUCGCGGCCACCCUGACUGGUGAGACCACUUACGAUAUGACAACCUUCCGUCGACAGCUGACCGCCCUGAAGAAAACGGAAGCGGGCAACAAGGAAACCGGAAUGGAGAAACAAUUUGAGGCCUUGAGUAAACUACGAGUUAGUCGUGGCAGUGAUAGCAGUAAGGCGGGACAACUUCCUGAAAAUGUUGACAAGAACCGGUACCCUGAUUUCAUUCCCACCGAUCGUUCGAGACCAUUCCUGAACACCAACACACAGGAAGGCGACACCAAUUACAUCAACGCCAGGUUUUUACCGGGUUACCGUAAGAAGGACAGGUACAUUGGAGCCCAAAUGCCAAUGCCUAACACCGUGGCUGACAUAUGGCGCCUGGUGUACGACCAGAAAUCGACCUGUAUUGUCAUGUUGAACCCUCUAGAUGAAGAGGACAAGAGCAUGGCUCGUUACUGGCCAGAAGAGGGACCUGUCGAGUUCGGACCGCUGGUUGUGGAGCUGUUACAGACUACCACGAGCAAGGGCGUAAUUGUGCACACCUUCAGUCUGACGAACAAGAAUGUAAAGUCUGUGCCCGCUCGGACUGUCUGCCAGUUCCAAUGUCAAGACUGGCCAGCAGAUCAACAGGUUCCCAGCUCCCGACAAGGAAUUCUGACUCUCAUGGAACUAACUCAACAGUGGCAUGAGGAGAAACCGCCCAUCGUGGUUCACUGCAU